CUUCUUUCCUCUCAGAAGCGCGCACCGCGCUUGCCGAUUCGGUCCCAUCGGCGGGACCAACGGGACUAGCGCCGGCCUAGAUCUUGAUUUUCACCCACUGAUACCCACAAUCGCCAUAAACAUCCUGGAGCGCAGGCGGGUCUUGGACCUGACGAUUGACGACUGGCCAUUUCCAGGUCAUUAGCGAUUUUACUGGAAAGGAGGAAGCCGUCUGUCCAUGCCGCUGAUAUAUCGCCCAACGCCUGUCCCUUAUCGCACGCCGUUCCCACCAGCAUGGCGGUGAGGUACAACGCCGUCGACCAGGUCGACGACGGCAGUAGCCAUCCCCCAGAUUCUGCAUCACCACUGUCGCCCGUGUCGCACGCAACCUCGACCACUGUGGCCUCGCCUGCCUCGCCUGCCUCGCCGUCCUCGUCCUCGCCCCUGCCCUCCGUGGCGCUGGCCGACCAGACUUUCACCCCGCUCUCCAUAGACACCAGUGACUUCUAUCCGUCGGAUAACAUGGGAGGAGGGAAGUCGCCCGCCUCGCUCGAGGCGGGCAGGUUGUUAAGCACGUCCAAGAGCAUGGAACAUUUGAGGCGCACCGGGAAUCUCAGCCGCAGCAGCAGCAACAGCACGGCCCCGGCUGCAUCCGCUUCCGCAGGCCCUCCAACCAUCGUGGGCGCCAUGGUGGAAUCGUUCGAGGCGCUGCAUGCGUCAAAGUCAAGCGCCACCCUGGGAUACGAGCUGCUCCGGUCAAAAAGUGCAGAGCAGCGCCCGGUGGGGCCCGUGUCGCGUCCAUCCUCGAUUUCCCCCUCCCCGUCCGUCUCGCGCUCCUCGUCACCCUCUCCGACCAAAGAUGCAUCGGUUCUAGACGCGACUUUGGCAAGCGGCGGUCUUGGCACUGCAGACCAAAAGGAACCCAUUGCAGCCCAAGACAAAACCAUCACAGACACCGCCGUGCCGCAAACUGCCGCCGCAACGCCCGAUCCUGAUCCGUCAGCCCCAAUCUCGAGCGUUUCCCAGGCACACGAUGCCCCAGGUUUGCCUUUCUCGUCCGCUCCUGCUCCUCGCCCUUCCACUGUUGUCGCCGACACCGCUUUGAUCCGACCAACACCGUCCUCGAGCCAACCGCAACGACGGAGCCGCGCCGCCUCAACCCCGAUUCGGCCGCCGAUUGUUCGUACCUCAUCGAACGCAAGUCUCUCCCUCAGCCACCCGGCUCCCGACCCCAACAAACUGUCUCAGGCCGGGAAUUUUCUGGGCAAUAUUGCAGCCCUCGAAGCUACCGCUGAGCGGCUGUCUAUGACAAGCAGCAUUGAAGACGCCAUCCGUGAGGAACACAACGAACUUAAGCGGACCGAAAGCCGUCGGUCGUCGAUCCUGCGUGCUCGGGCGGCAUCGACCUCGGACAGCGGCUCAGUGCACGGACAGUCUCAGCUUUCCGUGGCGAGCAGACAAAACUCCAUUCUGGGAAUUAAUAACGCGGCGCGCUCAGGGGGUUAUUCGCCGGGAGGCUUUGUCAUGAGCCCGCACCAUUCCAUGUCGGCUGCCUCGGGUCGUCUUCGGUCGGGUAGCAAGGCAAGUUCGAUUGGCAUGCCGUCGCACAUACCAGGAAAUGCAGAUAUGGGCGGGGCUCUAGCGGAUCUUGAACAUUCUCAGGAAUUCCGAUUCCUGCCACGACACGGGCCAGGUAAGGCCUCGACCAGGAGCGUUGCGAGCAGGCUGUCGCUGGCACAGAUUGCCGAGCUUGAGCAUCCCACCACCCUGACGCGGGAGGCUCUUGACGAGGCCGAUCGCGCCGCUGCGGCAGGGGAAACGCCGGAUGUCGAGGAAACGAUACGCAGCAGCGCCCAUCAAUUUAUCGAGGCCGAAUUUGCCCAGGAAGCAAACGGACCCGAGCCAAGCUAUGAAUCCCGCGGUGACCCGACUCCUCGGCUGCAGCUUCACCAACCAGACGAGUACCAAGCCUACCAGCCUUACCGGCCGCCGCCUCGUAUUGAGGAUGAUAGGCCGACGACAUCCGGGUCCGGCGGAACGUACGAGCAAGCCCAGGCGGCCUUUGGCGAUUUUGACGGCGUGCACUGCGACCCUGAUACCGGGAACCUCGCACCCAAACCGGACCCGGGACACUAUGACCCCCCGGCUCGGCCUCACGGCACUCUAGCCGCGCGCCCUACGACAUACUUCGACCCGGGCACAGGGCAGCAAAUGAUGUUCUACCCCGCUCCUGUCCCUGCAAUGCUUAACCUUCCUCCAAAGUUGUCCAAGAAACCCAAGGCACCAGUUCGAGCCACACAGCGCUCUCAGGUUGUCAGCGGCGUACCAAAGGCAACCCGUGAAUCCCGCGUCUGGCUGCCCGAUCCUACCGAAGGCUUGCAUAGGAGUAAUGACGAUGCUCCCUUCAUGGGGGAGCUGCUCGGGGAACGCAGCACAGACGCGGACUUGACCCCACAACCUUCUGGAAUGGAACCGGAGAGACCAGAUUACCUGGCACAUGCCAGGCAUCCGUCUGAAGCGAGCACCAUCCACCCACCUCCGGAGCAACGCGAAAUUCGUCGGCCUCAGCGCAUAGCGGACGCCGAUAAUCGCAAAUCUCACACCAUCGCCGCUGACGGUAUGCCUCCUCAGCUACGCGCAAGCGCCUUUUUCGACCUGCCUUCCGAACCCCACAAGGUCGACGUCAAGGACGGCUCCGCCAUGACCACGUUGGAUAGUCUUCUCGACGCAUCCGCCGCUGCGCCCGUCAGCGCCUUCACCGACCACGUGUUCGCGGGCAAGCUGGGCGCCGAGGUGUAUGGGCCGGAGAAGAAGAAGAAGGCGAAGAAGGCUCAGCCCCCGAUCACGCCCACCACCCCUGCUUCAGAAGAGAAACCCAAGCGCAAGACGCUGGUCAAGAGGAACUCUGGAAACCAUCUUCUUGAUACAGCCGAGCCCAAGCGGAAGACGCUCGUGAAGAGGAAUUCUAAUGGUAACCUACUUGAUGUGAAUCCGGAGAAGAAGCGGGCGAGCCGGUUCUCCCUGUUCGGUGCAAAACACGCCGACGACGAAUCCGAUGACGACGCAAGGCCUAAGAGUGCCCGGCGCAGCGUGGACGAUGAUGCCCGAUCCCGUGAGAGUGCUUCACCCGACCGACUGUCACCGGACGCCGACGAAGAAACAGAGACGGAGAGCGAGGAGGAAGGCCCCGUUUAUCAGGGACCGCCCACGACGCUACUUGCCGAACUGCAGCUGCGCAAGCAGCAAGACAAACUACGCACUCGCCCUCUCUAUCACACUGAUGGCAUGCGCAGCACCCUUCUCGAGCUGGACGCAGUGGCCGAGGUGGAGCGGAAGGCCAGACACGGGAAGCGGGUUACGCUUGCGUGGGAGGAUCCGUCGGCGGCCCCGCAGCGGGACGAAGAGGAUGACGACGAAGUUCCUCUCGGCAUGCUCUUCGCUGCCAAGUCAGCCGCCCCCGGGGGUUCAACCCGGUUGACCAUGGAUAUUAGCACGCUCAUGAGUGAGAUGCAUCGCCCACUCGGUCUGAUGGAGCGCCGCGAGAUAGAGGAGAACGAGCCGCUUAGCCGGCGCCGUGACAGGUUACAGGGCAGGGUAGAGGAGCAGGGACCCGCGUCACUCGCGGUACUACAAAAGCGCAUGAGCCACAUGCCGGGCAUGCGGUCACAAUCCCGCCUAAACCUGGGCCUUCCACAGCCAGGCGGCUCCCGCGCUGGUUCCAUGCUCGGCUCCCGCCCGGGCUCCGCCGUCGGCAAUCAACCAGAAGGAAGCGAGCCCGAGGUCGAGGGCGAAACCCUCGCAGCCCGCAGAGCCCGUCUGGCAGCCGAAAACCCGCUCCCGCGCACCAGGCCAGUCAGCAGUUCAUUUUCAGCCGAGCUGCUCAAAGAAUUCGGCCCCGGCGAAGAGGGCGACGCCCAGAAACUCAGCGCCAACGCCUCGCACAGCCGCAACGUGUCCCGCGACACCAACGGCGGUGGCGGUGGCGAUGGCGCUGCCGGUGCGGAGAACGGCUCGCCUGUCCCGGAGGAGGAAGAGACCCUCGGCCAGCGCCGACGCCGUCUCCAGCGCGAGCGUGAGGCGCGCGAGCGCGAGAUGGCCUUCAGCACCCUCAACCGCGCCGCCACGCCCUUGGGCAUGCACGCCGACACGCCCCCGCGCGCCCGCCCCGCCCCGACCGCUCCCGUCGGCAUGGCCGGCAUCCUGGGCGCGGUGGGCAACGGCGGCAACCUCAUGCUGAUGGACCCGCGCGAACAGGAACGCUUGAGGCGCGAGGCCGAGGGCGCCCGCCACCGCCAGGAUAUGGACGUCAAGAUGGCGGCCAUGCGCGCGCAGAUGCCCACCAGCCUGACGGCGCCGUCGGUGGGCGGCCACGCGGGCGGUUACAUGGGGGGGCGGUUCAAUGAUGGUGGCGGUGGGACUGGAGCGCAGUCGGGCUUGGGGUAUGGGGGUGGCAUGCUGGGGAUGGGAGUGCAACAGCAGCAGCAGCAGCCGCAGAGGUCGAGUACAUUCCUUGGUGGCCAGGGCGUGGGCAUGGGCAUGGGGCAGAGCGCGUAUGGCGGGUCGACGCCCAACUUGGGCAUGUACCAGAAUGGGGCUGCCGCGAGCAUGAGCGUCAAUGCGCUGCCGCUGCAGGGGGCGGGGGGGUAUCCGAUGCCGAUUGCGGGUGGUGGUGGGCAGGGGCAUAUGGAUAUGGUUGAGCGGUGGCGGCAGGGGGUUAUGCCAUCAUAGGUAGUUCUUGGGCUAGCAUGGUGAGCUUGGGCUUCUUACUUGAAUGGGGGUGGUUCGGCCUGUACCGUGGUAAU